CUUCACAGUCAUCGACGUCACAGUUGAGAAAGAAGGAGGGCUCUUUUCAUGCUCAAGUCAUCACAGCGGCUUUUGAGCACAAGUUGAAAGCUAACAGGCUAGCAGUAGCUCGUUACACAGACAACAAACCUGUUUCCCUUAUCUGUGUCUUCCUGAUCUACACAUUUUAUGUUUGGUUUCAGCCGAAGAUUCUGAGUGUGUGAGUCGGCGUGUGAGCUGCGCCAGGUGUCGGGCCACCGAAGGGAAAAAUGUCAUCUUUUUCAUGGAGGGUUUGGCCUGCCCUGGUGUCGCUUCUCUUUCCUUCCUCCAUUGCCGCCGAAGAAGAUUCAUUGCUUCUGGAUGGCUGGCGAGAUGUGUGGAUUUUUCGCUUCCUGGUCAACAUGCUGGGAUACUCCACCAUUAUCAUCCCCGGCUUCCUCCUCAUAAGCUAUUUGAAGCGCACCAAUUACUUAGAGACAGGUAGUGGCUUCUUCUAUCCCAUCAUCAAGACCUGUGUGUUUGGCACAGAGGCGGGUCUGCCGGAUAACUUGUCCGUCACCUCCAGGAACGAGGGUGAUUCCGGCUCGUCGCUGAGACAGGCCAUUAGGUUGAUCUUUUGUGCUGCUGGACUUCAGGCGUCAUACCUAACAUGGGGGGUCCUGCAAGAGAGGGUCAUGACCCGUUCCUACGGCGCCUCAUCGCCAGAGGAGGAGGGUGAGAAAUUCAAGGACUCUCAGUUUUUGGUCUUCAUGAACCGCAUUUUGGCCCUGACCGUGUCGGGCCUGUGGUGCGUCCUGUUCAAGCAGCCCCGCCACGGCGCCCCCAUGUACAAGUACUCCUUCGCCUCACUCUCUAACAUCAUGAGCAGCUGGUGUCAGUACGAGGCUCUCAAGUACAUCAGCUUCCCCACCCAAGUCCUGGCCAAGGCCUCCAAGGUUAUUCCCGUCAUGCUGAUGGGUAAGGUCAUCUCCAGGAAGAGAUACGAGUACUGGGAGUACUUAACGGCCGCAUUGAUCUCUUUGGGCGUCAGCAUGUUCCUGCUGUCCAGCACUGACAACAAGCAACCGUCCACCGUCACCACCUUCAGUGGCGUGAUCAUCCUUGUGGGCUACAUCGUCUUUGACAGCUUCACCUCGAACUGGCAGGACAACCUGUUCAAGUACAAGAUGUCGUCAGUCCAGAUGAUGUUUGGGGUCAACCUGUUCUCCUGUCUCUUCACCGUGGGCUCGCUGCUCGAGCAGGGCGCCUUGUUUGACUCCUUGGCGUUCAUGAUGCGCCACUCUGAGUUCACCUUCCAUGCCGUGCUCCUCAGCGUGUGCUCGGCGUGCGGCCAGCUCUUCAUCUUCUACACCAUCAACCAGUUCGGCGCGGCCGUCUUCACCAUCAUCAUGACCCUGCGCCAAGCCAUCGCCAUUCUCCUCUCCUGUUUCCUGUACGGCCACACUGUCACUGUCGUCGGCGGCUUUGGCGUCGCCAUAGUUUUCCUAGCUCUCUUUCUGCGAGUGUACGCACGCAGUCGCAUGAAGUCGGGCCGGGGGGUAGCGCAGCCGCCCGCACAGAAUGUGUAGCGCUCGCACCGAACUGGGGACUGACACCACGUUUUUCGUGGUGCUUUUUUUGUGUCAAUUUGUAUGUUUUUAUUUGAACUGUUCACAUUCACUGCUUUAUGUUUUUAUUCGGUACUGAAAGGGAUUUUGUUUGAACCCAAGGUGCCUCCGAGGGUUCUGUUUCGCAACCUGCCUCGUAACAGUCACAAGAUGUUCUUCUUACCAAACCACCACAGGUGGCCACUUCCAGUUACUGAGAGUGUGGGCGUUUUAUUUUUAAAGACUAUUGAUGCAUUUAAUUGAAAUCACACUGAAGAUGUUCAUAAGAUUUUUUUUUUUUUUUUUCACAGCCACACGUGGAGAGCGGGUGGAUUUUUAGUUUAGAAAACUGAAAAAAAAUAGCUUGAACACACGGUGCAUACAUUUAAUGGCCACUUGGACAAUCUGAGCAGCUCUAAAACAAAAGCUGUAUUCACAUUUCUGCCUUUAAAAAGGUAAUAAUGCUCACUUACGAAUGGUAUAAUAAUCAACUAACUGAUUGCUCAAAGUGUGUGAUUGCUAAUGUUUUCUCUGCAUCUGAGGCACAAUAGAGUUUACUACUUGGCUAUGACCAGCAGAGGCGCCGUUCAGUCAGUCUUGAUUCGCUGAAGAACACCAUAAUACUGGCAUGGAAACAGGAGGUCAGAACAUUCAGAGAAAGAUCCUCCCAUGCGAUUAUAUAAUUUUAAUUAAUUUAUUAUUUGUCCUCAUAGUUAAUGAAGGAAAUAGCCCAUCUAUACUAUUAAUUGAACAAUGUUUUCAGCACUCUGUAUUAUAAAAAAAAAAUAUACCCCUCUGUCUAAAUCAGCAUUAACAUAUUUGUUUGGGGACGAAUGUUUUGUUCUUGUAUUUUAAUCGCACUGAAUUGUGUAGGUGUACCUAAUGUUGUGGCCUGUAAGUGUAUGUCACAAAAACAGUAUGCGCUAAUGGUGCAAUUCUGGCCUUGACGUGACCAAAACACAUGCUGCUGGGAGUUUGUUUUUCUUUUGUUAAUUCAAAAAAAAUCUUCACAGCAUAGCUUUCUUUUAGAAUCCACUUAAUAUAUCUUCUUUAUAUUCCCUUUGUCUGUUGUACUGCGUCGUGUGCGUUGAACUGCUCCAUAUGAACGAUUGUGAUGAAUGACAGCAAGGCGCAGUGCUGCCGUGUCAUUCCCCUUUAAAAUGGUGACAGAAUUGAUAAUAAAACGUAUUCACUUAAAAAGUGUUGUUAUAUGAAUUUGUCGGUAAUGAACUGUAAUGUUGACUGCGGGAUCAGUGUGUGUGUGUGUGUGUGUGUGUGUGUUAGACUAGAUUUGGGAUGUGAAGUCAAAAGUCAAAUCACAGCAAUCACCUUUCACAGUAUUUGCACAAUUUUUAUGUCGGAGCAAAUAUUCGAAGGUAGGUGUGUCCAAAGUGUGGCACCAGGAGCCAUUGGUUGCCUGUGGAAAUACAAUUUAACAAGAAAACUAAAACAAACAAAAAGGAAAACUGACCAGUAACAUUAACGCAAAUAAAGUCAUCAUAUUACAAGAAAAAAAGGUCUAACCUUUCAAGAAUAAAGUUUAAAUUUCACAAGAAUAAAGUCAGAAAGGUGGAAUAAAAGCAAAAUUUGAAGCAUUAAGGAUGAUGGGAAAAAUUCAGAAAGUAAGUAGAGAAAAAGUUACAAUGACACCAUGAGACCGGAAUGGACAAAACAGUACUGCGCUGGGAACACCUCCACUUCCCUUUCCUCCUCCCCUGGCGUAAGUCUCGAGUUCAUGUUGUAAAGUGUGCUUAUUUGUGCCUAUGUUGCCAGUCCCACACUGUACUCCCCAUAGGAGCUUAGUUAUUUUUCCUCCUCUUGUUGUUCCCUUUCCUCUACCCCCUUUUUAUCGCCCAAUCAUCCUGUCCUGUCUUCCCCCGUCUUAUUGUAUUGUAUGUUGUAUAAGUAUGGAUGGGUGAUUGCACAAUUCUGCAAUCUGUGAGCCUUGGCAAAUCUAACAAUUGUUGGGUUGUCCUUAAAUUUUUGCUGCCCAUUACCUCCAAAUUACAAGAAAGUGUAAAUUCUCCAGCAGGAUGGCGCUCCUUUUCAUACUUUGGCUUCCAUAUGCAAGUUCCUGAUAGCAAAGACGGUCACUCCAGGAUUGGCCUGCCCAGUCACCUGACAUGAGCAUUAUUGAGCAUGUUUGGGAUUAGAUGAAGGAGGGGGUUUGGAAGAUGAAAGCCAUGACUCUUGAUGAAGUCUGAGUAGAAGUGCAAGACUGCUUUCUUUGCCAUUCCAGAUGAUUUUAUCAAUUAGGUUUUUGAGUCAUUGCUGAGACAUAUGGAUCGAGUCCUCCAA